AUGGAGGUGUAUAAGCUGACAGUUGCUACAGGCACAUCAGAGUAUUCUGGCACCAAUAACUACAUAUAUGUCACCCUGGUGGGAGAGAAUGGAGAGAGUGAGAGAACAAUCCUGGACAACCCUGGACUGGACUUCUGUAGAGGAGCGGUGAGUAGUGCUGGGCAUGUGUGCUCCAGGAGGAGGAGUACAAGGUGUGUGUGUCAUUUUUAGGUAGAUUAAUAUAAAGUGUGGGUGUCUCUCCCUCCCUAACCCCCAGGUGGAUGAGUACAAGGUGUGUAGCCCGGCCCCUCUGGGUCCUCUCCUCCUGGUUCGUCUGGAGAAGCAGCGUUACUGGGUGGAGGAUAACUGGUUCUGUCGCUAUGUCACUGUGGAGCCACCAGGUGGUGGUACAGCCCUCACCUUCCCCUGUUACCGCUGGCUCAUAGGAGACAUCAAGGUGGAGAUACGAGAAGGCACAGGUAAUUGGUAAAGGAAAGAAGUUGCCCCUCAAGAUACUGCUCUCAAGUCAGUUUGCGUUUUUCCCACUAGUGAUAAAGGUUAUGUUUUGGGGUGAGAAAGCUGAUCCUAGAUUUGGUCAAACAAAGUGUAAAGGUCAAGAAGAGGUUUGAGAAGGAUGUACAGGUAACUGUCAAAAUAAAGGAAACCCCAACAUAAAGCGUCUUAACAGGGCGUUGGGCCAGCAUGAGCCGCCAGAACUGCUUCAAUGCACCUUGGCAUAGAUAUUCGAUCAUUUGGUGUUUAGUUGGUGGUGGUGCAAAAUGCGGUCUCAGGGGCCACUCCUAAAACUCCCAUAAGUGUUCACACACACCCUUUAAACCCCCUAUGAUCCUUUGAGACCCCUCUUUCAAAGUCACUGAGAUCUCUUCUUCUAGCCAUGGUAGCCAAAAUAAUGGGCAUCUGGCCAUUUUUAAACAUGACCCUAAGCAUGAGGGAUGUUAAUUGCUUAAAUAACUCAGGAACCACACCUGUGUGGAAGCACCUGCUUUCAAUAUAAUUUGUAUCCCUCAUUUACUCAAGUGUUUCCUUUAUUUUGGCAGUUACCUGUAUGUGCGAGUUAGUCAUCCCUCUUUCUCGCUCUCCCUCUCUCUCUCUCUCUCCCUCCUUUAGCGAAGAGACUCAGUGAUGACACCUCUCCUCAGCUAUUGGCUCACAGAAAAGCAGAACUGCAAGAGAGACAGAAGAUAUACAGGUCAGUAAGAUUACAGAAAUGUUGUUACACACACACACACACACGUAUGUGCACAAGCACAGAAAUAAGAAUACACACACGUCCCAAUUCCAAUCCCUCCAGAAAGAGAGCCUAGUUCUUACAGUUAUGUUUGUUUAUCCAGAUGGGCUGCAUGGGCUCCUGGGAUUCCCAAGUGUAUUGAUGCCAAGACCGAGGCAGACCUGCAUCAGGACGUACGUUUUGACAACGAGAAAAGGAGCGACUUUGAGGGCUCCUUACACUAUGCGUGAGUUACACACACACUUUUCUGUGUGAUGUUAUUUUUACGCAUUGACAUUCACACAUGGUGGUCACAUUUCCCCUAAAUCUAAUGUAAAAUGUCCCUCACUUGCUCAGACAUACAGUACCAGUCAAAAGUUUGGACACACCUACUCAUUCAAGGGUUUUUCUUUAUUUUUACAUUGUAGAAUAAUAGUGAAGACAUCAAAACUAUGAAAUAACAUAUAUGGAAUCAUGUAGUAACCAAAAAAGUGUUUAAAAAAAUAGAAAUAUAUUUUAUAUUUGAGAUUCUUCAAAUAGUCACCCUUUGCCUUGAUGACAGCUUUGCACACUCCUCUCCUCUCCUCUCCCAGUAUUCUAGAGCUGUCUCUGAAGAAACUAGCCAUCAGGUUUGGAAAGUCAUGGAACGAUCUGGAGGACUUUAAACGAUGCUUCUGGAAACUCAAAAGCCCGAUAGCUGGUAGAGUACAAUGAAACAAAUAUACAAUAUUUAGAUUCAGUGUUUUAGCCCUCCCUCCCAUCACUGCAUCAGUGCUAUUGGUUGUAGAAUACAGGCCAACACUUUUCAUUGCUGUCCCUUCCUAUUCAUAAUCAUAGACAUUGAGGAAGUGAGACCUCAGAGUAAUGCAACAACAGUUUUCACCUAAUUUAAUCAGUGUUUCAUCUACUGUUUCACAUUGCAAUACAUGUUCAUAUAACGUAAUUCAGUCAGUUUUUAAUAUUUUAAAUCAUUGAUUAAAUAAUUAUUUAAUAUAUGGUCAAUUAGUUUUCCCACAUUACGUUUAAGACUUCUCUAUAUUUACUCUCUCAGUCCCAUUAUACAGUAUAUCAUAUAUUACCAUUUUUUGUAUUGCUUUGGUGUAAUUUUCACAAGUAUGUUGUACAUUUUCACAACUCUUAGUCCAAAACUCAAAACACAUUAUCAAAAAGGCAGUUGUUUCAAAACUAAGCACAUUUUCAAUUCACUAAGUACAACACACAAAAUCAUACAGUCACUUUUUCACCAAACUUAAUCAGUGUUUCAUCUACUGUUUCACAUUGCAAUACAUGUUCAUAUAAAGUAAUUGCCUUUCACAUUGCAAUGCUCACAUUACUUUUGAUAUGAUUGUCUUCUCUUUUGUUAAAAUACAUUUUACUAUUACUUAAUCCGACUGCUCUUAAUUGAUGAUCACUUAAACGUUUGGUAAACCUAUAGAUUCUACACGUAAACUGGUUUGUCUACUACAGAUUUUGAGAACUAAUUCAAAUAUACAGUAUGUCUGUAAAGUAUAAACAUAAAAAGUAUACAUACUCAAAUGUACUACUAUGAUGAUUACUUAUGAUUUUACUUCUAGUAAAUUUUUAAAAAAAUCUGAUAUUGACAAGAUCAGAGAUGUACUGUAUGUAACAAAUCAAAUCAAGGUUUAUUGGCCGCGUACAGAUUAGCAGAUGUUACAGCAGGUGCAGCGAAAUGCUUGUGUUUCUAGCUCCUACACUGCAGUAAUACAAUAUCAAUACAAUACCAAUAAUCCAGAAAGUCCAAAAUAAGAAAUGCAUCCCCUAUACACUAAACAUGUUUCAAGUACAUACGUACAAUACAAUACUGUAAAAUACAAUACACAAUUACAAUACAGGUGGAAGAUGUACGAUUGCCAUCCCCAUGAGCGUACCACCCUCCUUCAGGCCAUGGAUGAGGCAUGCAAUGAUGUCAAUCCAGACCUGUCAGGCUUGGAUUCGCCAUGCCAAAAGGUUUUUCCCCAGGUGCAUGAACAAUUAGGAUAUUCACUGCGAUUUUGAUGAGAGCCUAUUUCCAAAUGCUCAACACAGGCUUGAUGCAAACUAGUGCUGCUAAACAUAAGGUUUCUUUCAUUUCUUUCAUUUGAUUACAUUGUGAAAGAUGUUUGCAAUGAUCACACCUUUGAUCACGCAUGGGAUAGAAAUUAUGGACAUUUUAUGUUCAGUCAAUUUUAAUGGGUAGUGUAAGUGUAUUGCCUAAUAUGAAAACAGUGUAGUGCACAGUCAUGUACAGUACUGCAGCAUACUACAUUCAAAGGGCAAUUAUGAAACAUGUAUUUUAAAUGUUUUGCUAUUGGAUUAACUGGUUGUUAAAAUAACUAAACUGAGAAGAUAUCAUUAUGUUGUGUUUUGGUGAUUAAACCAAUGUACUCAUUAUUUUUCACAGUAAACUUAGAUUUUGUAUCAAUGGUUGUGUGAUGAAAGAUGUCUACAAACAAAAUUAAUGCACAAUGAAAGGUUUUGAAUGUAAGACUGGCAGCAUUACAAGUGUUACCAGUUCGGAGUUUUGAAAAUUCACCACAUACUUGUGAAAAUAGUACCAAAGCGAUAAAAAAAACUGUAAUAUAGAUUAUUAUAUUAAGAAUUGAUUAUUGAUACAUUCAGACAGUACUUUUUUCAUUAUGUGGUUGAUUGAUUGAUUGAUUAUCCCUAUGGUUCCAGAGUACUGUAUGGAGCACUGGAAGGAGGAUUGGUUCUUUGGGUACCAGUGUCUGAAUGGUUCAAACCCCCGCAUGAUCCAGCGCUGCAAGGAGCUUCCAGGAAACUUCCCAGUCUCUGGAGACAUGGUGCAGGGGUCGUUGGCACCCAGGACCACCCUGGACAAGGAGCUCAAGGUGGGGCCCCACUAUCUAUCUAUCUAUCUAUCUAUCUAUCUAUCUGACCACCCUGGGGUCCCUCUCUCUGUCCUUCUGUCUGCGUACCAAAAUGGCACCCUAUUUCCAAAAUAGUGCACUACUUUUGAUCAGAGCCUAUUCUGUCCCACCCCAAAAAAACUAUUUAAAAAACAGUUACGUCUCCAGAUUUAGGACAUAUGUUCUAAUUGAAUCCAAGACAAUAACAAACAUAUAAGUUAAUAUAGUACAAAGUAAUUGUUUAUACACCAGUUCCAAACCCUGAUUCCUAAACUUCAUGUUUGAAAAUAAAGCAAUUAAUAUAUUUUUUUACACUUUUAUUUCAAUAUAACAUCUUAAGUUGUUCUAUUAUUACAUUGAAAGAUACUGAUCUAAUUAUUUGUUUUGGUUAUUUUUACACAUCUUUUGAUGUCACUACCAAAACACACACUUUAAAAGACUGUAGAAUUAAGGUGCCUUAAACUACAACCCUACAAAUAUCACCAGGUGAUGGGAUUGCACCCAUCUCCAGCAUGACAACAUGGUGAGUAGUCUGUCUGCAAACAUUUUGGAGAAAAUGAGUGAGCAAGUUGGUAAAUCUUUAUGUCUUUUUAAGUGUCACUACCGAACGCUAAUAUAUCAAGAAAUAUGACAAGUACGAUUUUAGGACUAAAAUAUAUGUUUUGCUGGGAUGUAAAUAUGUCAUAAUGAAAGCUAGCCAGCCAGCCAUUUGUUAGCUAUGGAGAUUCUUUAAAGUCCAAAAUAAGUCAAAAUUGUCCAAAUCGAAAACGGUCACAACCGAAACAAUUAACACCAUAGAGAUGUAUAGAGGUCUCAUCUUUGUAUCUGUGCCAUUAUGGCGUCUGUGACAGCACGGGCAGCACCAUUGAGGCCAUCUCCAAUUUAAAGAUGCAUGCGCCAUGCUCUACCACCUGAGCUACAGAGGACCACCCUGUGAGUAGUGGACAAGUGCACACUUCAGGAAAAAGUGUAGAGUAUUGAGAUGCAUAGCCAGCAGGAGGGGCUCCAACCUUUCAAGAGCCCAAACAUUAACAUCUAUUUGGCCAAAACAUAGACAUCUAUAAUAUGCUAUAUUGUACUGUACUCUACUGUACCGUACCCUGCUCUACUGUUCUUUACUGUACUCUACGAUACUGUGCUCUACUGCACUGUACUAUACUCAAGUUGACUUGCGUUUCUUACAAUUUAAGAAAGGGCCCAUAGACUCUUGAUCUAGUGGUCUUGGUCUUGAGACCACAUAAAUCCGGUCUUUUAUUAACUUGUUAUGGUCUCAACUCACUGGGUCUGGAUCUUGGGACCAAUGUCCUGGUAUAAAUCUUGGUCUUGGCACCUGGAUUUGACGUCAGUCUGGUUUACAAUAGGCAACCCAAUUUGAAGAAGACAACGCUCUCUGAUCAUUGGCUGAUCAGUCCCAACACAUAGGAAUCCCCACCCAGUUGACUACCAUUAAUCUUGGGGUGACGGGGGGAGCGAGUUUGCAAAAUGCUAUCAUAUCACUCAAUUACACCAUUUAUAAAAUGGUCAUAUAUAUAUAUAUAUAUUGGAUCAUUUUGUCAAUUUGCGCUUUUUUUUUGCUAGUCUAUAUUUUAAAUAUAUAUAUAUAUAUAUAUAUCACCUCAGUCCAAAGAGGAAUAACUUUGCAGCUGUUUCUGAUUAAUAAACAUUGCCAUGCUGGUGGGUGGUAACAUUUAAAUAAAACCCAGCCCUGAAACGAAAUGUACGCUGAAAAUAGUUUAUGUCAUGUCAUAGGAAAAGACACCGCAUUCACAUGGAUUUUCACCAAGUGGGCAGUUCAGAUGUCACUUCAAGCCCAAAUAUACUGUAUCAUACUUUGACUAAAACGAUGACUUAUUGACUUAAAUCAUUGUGCAACAUCAUGGGUAAGCUCUGGCCAUCGUCUUUGAGCUCUAAAAAGUGGAUUUCUACUGGUGUGGGCGUUUAAAUGGUGGAAGACUUCAAUGGCAAUUUCUAUGCCAAAACAAGUUAUUUCCAUCUAGAGUCCUCUAUUCAUCUCUAUGAUAGACACUUGACAACAAAACGCCUGUUAUUUUGCCAAAAUAAAGAUAGGUAAAGGGAUAAUUUAAACAUCUAACAGCAUAACUAAUUACAUGCUAAAGUAAUUCAAUCAAUCAACAAGUUUCAGAUUCAUACAAUCAACAUUUAACAUUUUACAGAGAACAAUUCAAAAUUCAAUUGAAAGGUUUUGAAAAUCAGAUUAAAAAUAAUGUUUUUUGGUAUUUUGUUAAUUUGGUAUGCAAAUAACAUUUAUAAGCCCGCUUGGAGUUCUCUUUUUAUUGCAACUUUUUCACUAUGUUUCAGUAGUGACAAAGUUAGUGGUGUGGUAAGGGAUUCAGGUAAAUAUUUCAAAUAUGCAAUACAGACAAAGUGUGCUGAAAGUUUGGGAGAAAUAGGAUACAAAUGUAAAACAAAUGCCAACCCCCAAUUUACACCACUUCUGUAGAACAAGUCAUAUACUGCUUGCACUACUUUUGACCAGAGCCCUACGGUGGAACAGCAUGUUUAUGAUGUGGGUAAGUAGGCAAAUACUAUCCUAAUCCACCAGAAAAGACAGAACAAAUAUUAUGGUUAAUCUCAAAUAUACUCAUUGAUAAAAAAAUACAUUAUAAAAAAAUACAAAUAAAAUAACUGUAUAAUCUUUGUAAAUUAUAUCAUAAAUAGGACAGGUGGAGUUAUGUCACACAUACAGUUAACAAAAAUAUAUGGAAAUAUCUGCUCUAUCCAAAAUUACAACCAACUGAUUCCGCAAAAAAGGAGGUGGCAAGUGGAAAGGGGAGAAGGUAAGGAACUUAUUUAUAAAUACCUUAUUUACAUAAGUAUUCAGACCCUUUGCUAUGAGACUCGAAAUUGAGCUCAGGUGCAUCCUGUUUCCAUUGAUCAACCUUGAGAUGUUUCUACAACUUGGAGUCCACCUGUGGUAAACUCAAAUGAUUGGACAUGAUUUGGAAAGGCACACACCUGUCUAUAUAAGGUCCCACAGUUGACAGUGCAUGUCAGAGCAAAAACCAAGCCAUGGGGUCGAAGGAAUUGUCCGUAGAGCUCCGAGACAGGAUUGUGUCGAGGCACCAAUCAGGGGAAGGGUACCAAAACAUGUCUGGAGCAUUGAAGGUCCCAAGAACACAGUGGCCUCCAUCAUUCUUAAAUGGAAGAAGUUUGGAACCACCAAGACUCUUCCUAGAGCUGGCCGCCCGGCCAAACUGAGCAAUCGGGGGAGAAGGGUCUUGGUCAGGGAGGUGACCAAGAACCCGAUGGUCAAUCUGACUGAGCUCUGGAGUUCCUCUGUGGAGAUGGGAGAAACUUCCAGAAGGACAACCAUCUCUGCAGGACUCUACCAAAUCAGGCCUUUAAGGUAGAGUGGCCAGACGGAAGCCACUCCUCAGUAAAAAGGCACAUGACAGCCCGCUUGGAGUUUGCCAAAAAGGCACCUAAAGCCCAUCAGACCAUGAGAAACAAGAUUCUUUGGUCUGAUGAAACCAAGAUUGAACUCUAUGGCCUGAAUGCCAAGCGUCACGUCUGGAGGAAACCUGGCACCAUCCCUACAGUGAAGCAUGGUGGUGGCAGCAUAAUGCUGUGGGGAUGUUUUUCAGCGGCAGGGACUGGGAGACUAGUCAGGAUUGAGGGAAAGAUGAACGGAGCAAAGUACAGAGAGAUCCUUGAUGAAAACCUGCUCCAGAGUGCUCAGGACCUCAGACUGGGGCGAAGGUUCACCUUCCAACAGGAAAACGACCCUAAGCACACAGCCAAGACAACGCCGGAGAGGUUUUGGGACAAGUCUCUGAAUGUCCUUGAGGGGCCCAGCCAGAGCCCAGACUUGAACCCGAUCGAACAUCUCUGGAGAGACCUGAAAAUAGCUGUGCAGCAACGCUCCCCAUCCAACCUGACAGAGCUUGAGAGGAUCUGCAGAGAAGAAUGGGAGAAACUCCCCAAAUACAGGUGUGCCAAGCUUGUAGUGUCAUACCCAAGAAGACUCGACGCUGUAAUCACUGCCAAAGGUGCUUCAACAAAGUACUGAGUGAAGGGUCUGAAUACUUACGUAAAUGUGAUAUUUCCGUUUUUUUUUUUUUUAUAAAUGUGCAAAACGUUCUAAAAAACGAUUUCUGCUUUGUCAUUAAGGGGUAAUGUGUGUAGAUUGAUGAGGGAAAAUUUUGUUUUAAUCAAUUUUAGAAUAAGGCUGUAACGUAACAAAAUGUGGAAAAAGUCAAGGGGUCUGAAUACUUUCUGAAGGCACUAUAUGGGGGAUACAAGCAUCCCAGCUCUGCAGAUUUUGCUGCGAAUAGACAGAAUAAUUAAAUCACUUGUUUUGGUACUGCCCAUAUGUAGCUUGUUUUUGGUCGCAGCUUCAGGAAUGGUUGAAAAAUUGCUACAUUUACUUGGAGCGAACAUGCAAAUAGCACUGCUGGAUGAUUUGAAAAGUCAUAGUCAAUCGAUCAAUAAUAUAAUAAUACUCUUAGCAAAGGUGUUUAUCUUUAAUUUACAAUCUGUAGAAACUAUGAGAAUAGAAAGGUUCAGAACUUUUGUGAAACAUCACAGCACAGUAGAAAAAUAUAUGGCAGCUAGAAAUCAAAACUGGAUGGUCUUCAGAGAUAGAUGUGAGGGGUUGAGAGUAGCUGAAGGCUGGGACUAAAAACAAACAAAAGAUAACUAAUGUAAAAUAUACUGUCCGUGAAAUGUAUGUACUAUGUAUAAGCUAGAAGUGGAAGCUUAAGUAUUGUUGUCCAUUAGUUUACUCCAAUUAGGGGAGGGGUGGUAGGGUAAGGGGAAAAUGAUAAAGAACGAAAAUGUAUUUCAUUAGUUUAUUCCAAUUAGGGGAGGGUUGGCAGGGUUAGGGGAAAAUAAUAUAUAUAUUUACAAAAAAUAUAUAUGGGAUUUGGAAGUGAUGCAGACAAUUACAUUGAUAGAAGCCACAAUCUAUCUGCAAUAAAGCUGAUCUACCCCCUAAAAGAAAUACUAUCCUAACCCUAGCCUCAGCUGCCUCUACAGAUUUUCUGCUCUCCUCCCUUCAUCUCUAGGCUGGUAACAUCUACUUGAUUGACUAUGCCAUUAUGGAUGGUGUUCCCACAAAUGUAAUCAGGGGGAAACCACAGUACAUCGCUGCACCUCUGUGUCUACUAUAUGAACACCCUGACCUGGGACUCAUACCCAUUGCCAUACAGGUAGGACUGGACACACAUACACACAGACAGACACACACAACACAACACACACUUUAUUCAUCCCUUCUCUUCUCCAGCUAGGACAGACUCCUGGCUUCGACACACCCAUUUUCCUGCCUAAUGACCCGCCCCUGGCCUGGCUACUGGCUAAGAUCUGGGUCCGUCACUCAGAGUUUCAGGUGUUCCAGUUGCUGUCACACCUGUUGAGAACUCACCUGUUGGUAGAAGUGUUCUGUGUGGCUACAUUACGUCAACUUCCCGCUGUACACCCUGUAUAUAAGGUAGGGGUGUAUGUGCGUGUGUGUGUGUGUGUGUGUGCGUGUGUGCGUGUGUUGCUGUCUCAUCCCUCUCUCUGUCUCUAGCUCCUGACUCCCCACCUGCGCUACACUCUGGAGAUCAACUGCAGGGGACGCACUCAGCUUGUCUCUGCUGACGGCAUCUUCAAAAGGGUCAGUUCGCUAUUCUCUUUCAUUGAGGGCUCAUUUUCCCCUUUCAUGUUUUGUCACCUUUUUUUUUUUCUUCGAAUGUGCGAAAUGUCAUAGGGACACAGAUAGAAGGACAGCUUUGAAAGUGGUGGACAAGUGGUUCGAUUUCCCACCAUUGUGGUCUAAGCUGACAGCAUCAUCCUGCUCUCUUCCUCCAGGUGGUGUCUACAGGAGGGGAGGGUCUGCUCGUCCUGUCCCAGAGAGAGUACAAGGUCCUGACCUACCGCUCUCUCCAGCCCUGCUGGGACUUCCAACAGCGCGGCGCCACCACGCUCAAAGACUACUUCUACAGGGAGCACAGCCUCAUGCUGUGGGACGCCAUACACAGGUUUUUACUUCUUGCUUUACUCCUAUGUGGCUGUGGUCAAAAUGGCAUCUUAUUCCCUAUGGGUCCUGGUCAAAAGUAGUGCACUAAAUAGGGAAUAAGGUGUAGAGCCACCAAGCUCAGAGACUACUUCUACAUGGAACACGGUCUGAUGCUGUGGUACGCAAUACACAGGUACAAUACCCGUGUGACCACUUCUUUAUGACCACAGAGACAUUGUUUAUUAGGUUGUAAGAGGAAAGCAAGGAGGGGACAUGCUAUUAGGCCUGAAAUAUGGACAUGCUGAAAUUCACAUUGAGAAAAUAGUAUUAUGUCCUUUAAUUAGCCUACUCUUAUUCUCCCUCUAUUUCUACCUCACUGUUUGUUUCCCUCCAUCUUCCCAUCCCCCCUCUCGCUCUCUCUUUUCUCUCUCGCCAUAGUUUCGUCUCAGGGAUGAUAUCUGUGUACUACCAUUGUGACAGUGAUGUGGUGGAGGACUCGGAGUUACAGACCUGGAUAAAGGACAUCGCUGAGGAGGGCUUUGUCGAUGUUCCCAAAUUUGGCUUGUCCAACGAACUAAAAAACAAAGCAGAGCUGGUCACCUUGCUGAGUGUAGCCAUCUUCACAAGCACAGCACAGCACGCAGCCACCAACAAUGGACAGGUAUUUCACAAACACACACACCAGGCACGCGAGCAAGCAAGCAAGCACACAUGCACAUUCACACGAACGCACACUUCUAUUAACUUACUCCUCUCUCUUUAACGUAGUUUGACUGGUGUGCUUGGGUACCCAACACCCCGUGCACCAUGCGUCACCCCAUGCCAACCGACAAGGACGCUGUUACCAUGGAGAUGAUAAUGGACAGCCUGCCUGAUGUCAGCCAAACAUGUUUGGAGAUGGCGAUCACAUGGCACCUGGGGCGGCCACAACCUGAUGCAGUAAGUUAAAGGGUUACGGUAACGCUAGCUGAUCCCAUAAAAUCCCAGUCAAACUUGGGAGUAGUUACACAUAUUUUUUUUAAUGGGGGUGGUACCACCUCAACAUACAUUUGUUUCCAUUUCAAAAUGCUUUCUCCCGUUUGCUCCUACUGAAUGAAACCCUUGUCUCCCACCUCCUUUCAUUGUCUUUCUCUCCCUUCCCCUAUCCCCCUCUCUUCUCCAGGUCCCAAUGGGUCAGUAUCCAGAGCAGUACUUCACUGAGCCCCAGGCCCAGGAGGUGAUUGACAGGUUCAGACAGGAACUGAAGGAUAUAGAGGAACACAUCCUGAGCCAGAACCAGGGACUGGAGCUACCUUACCUCUUCCUCCUGCCCAGCCGCAUCGAGAACAGCAUUACUAUCUAG